AUGAGGGAAUUGUCGUCGGUGGGAACUGAAAGCAACAGCGUCGCUUCUCCGUCGCCGCCGCCUCGAGCACUUCUCGAGAGACUCAAAGACUACGGUCAGGAAGACGUUUUGGCUCUCUGGGAUGAGAUUUCUCCCGAGGAGCGUGAUUUUCUCGUUAAGGAGAUUGAGAGUUUAGAUCUUUCGAGAAUUGACCGGAUUAUUCGGUGUUCCUUGCGAUCUCAAGCUCUACCGGCAGCUGCAAUUGAACCUGUGCCGGAGAGCAAUGUUUCGAAGGUGGAGGAGAGAAGUCAAGAGCAACGAGAAAAAUGGUGGAAAAUGGGGUUGAAGGCUAUUUCAGACGGCAAGUUAGCUGUUUUGCUUUUAUCCGGUGGCCAGGGGACUAGGCUUGGAAGUUCAGAUCCAAAAGGAUGUUUCAAUAUUGGACUUCCAUCUGGAAAAUCACUUUUUCAACUUCAAGCCGAGAAGAUUUUGUGUGUACAAAGGUUAGCUGCUCAAGCUACAAAUGAGAGUUCUGCUUCUUCGGUGCAAAUACACUGGUACAUAAUGACUAGUCCAUUCACUGAUGAGGCAACGCGAAAAUUCUUUGAAAGUCAUAAAUUUUUUGGUCUUGAAGCAGAACAAGUUACCUUUUUCCAGCAAGGGACCAUCCCGUGUGUUUCCAAGGAUGGUAGAAUUAUUUUGGAGACUCCGUAUAAGGUAGCAAAGGCUCCUGAUGGGAACGGUGGAGUGUAUUCGGCUCUGAAGUCUACCAAAUUAUUGGAGGACAUGGCCUCAAAAGGAAUUAAAUAUAUUGAUUGCUAUGGAGUAGACAAUGCACUGGUUCGAGUUGCUGAUCCAUCUUUUUUAGGUUACUUCAUUGAUAAAGGUGUCGCUGCUGCAGCAAAAGUCGUCCGCAAGGCAUAUCCGCAAGAAAAGGUUGGGGUGUUUGUACAGAGAGGUAAAGGUGGUCCUCUCACUGUAGUUGAGUACAGCGAGUUGGACUCAUCACUAGCUUCCGCGGUUAAUCAAGCAACUGGCCGUCUUCGUUUUUGUUGGAGCAAUGUUUGCUUACACAUGUUUACUUUGGAUUUUCUAAACCAAGUUGCAAAUGGACUUGAAAAGGACAGCAUUUACCACCUUGCCGAGAAGAAAAUCCCUUCCACACAUGGAUAUACUAUGGGAUUAAAACUUGAACAGUUUAUAUUUGAUGCAUUUCCAUACGCUCCUACCACUGCACUUUUUGAGGUAUUACGGGAGGAGGAGUUUGCGCCUGUAAAAAAUGCAAUUGGAUCCAAUUACGACACUCCAGAUACUGCUAAAAUGCUUGUUUUUCGACUCCAUACUCGUUGGGUAGUUGCUGCAGGUGGCUUCUUAACACAUUCAGUGCCCUUAUAUGCAACAGGUGUUGAAGUGUCACCACUCUGUUCAUAUGCGGGUGAAAAUCUGGAACCUAUAUGUCGAGGAAGAACAUUUCACGCACCUUGUGAAAUUACGUUCUAG